UGAGAGUCACGAUGCUGCUGUUGCUGUCGCUGCAGGUUUGAAGCACAAGUGACUUCCCAUUGUGCCCUUCACGACGUGCCUCGGAUAAGCGCUGCUGCAGGAGAAGCGCGGAGGAGUGAGCCAGCCCCAGAGCCGCGGGAUGGGACUGGGGGAGAGAGCCGGCUCAGUGCUGUAGAGAGACAAGGAGACACCCCGGGACAGGGAGACUGGACCAUGAACUGACUGAGACUAGUGGCAGCAGCGUUGGGUGCGGAGCGAUGGAGCCCCAGGGCCCCCCCCUGCUCACUCCGUCCCCCACAGAGAAGCGGCGCGCCUGGGUGAGGAGCAGCCGGCACUGGCUCACUCUGGAAGAGGGGGUGAUCCCGCAAGCCUGUGAACCCCAACUUGAUGAGGUCUUCCUGGAAGGAAGCAAGGCUGGAAAGAUUGAGAGCUGGCUGCAGGACUGUGGAUCGGCCACAGAGUUCUUCCCUGAAGACUCAAUCAAUCGAGCUGCUGAAUCUUUCCUGAAAACUGGAUACAGUUUAGAAGACGACCUGACUUUAGGAGCAGAAGCGAUCGUGUUAAACAGAACUAAAGAUGAACCAACACUGGGACAUUAUUCAUUGCUGCCACCUCCUAGACCUCGAGGGAAACAGAACAGAGAGACGGUUCCUCUGGGCUCUCUCACAGAGAAGUUGAAUCCGUUCCAGUUCAUGAGCCUGGGAAACAGCAUGGCCUCCAGCGGACUAUCGAGUGGGACCAGUAAGACCGCGUCCAGCGUGUCUGAGAUCCUGGAGCUGUGCUCGGAGGAUGCCGAGGAGAUCCUCUAUAACCUGGGCUUCGGGCAGGAUGAGCUGGCGCUCCCGGCCAGGAUUCCCACCAGAUUCUUCAACUUCCCGUCCAGCGUCCAGGGGAUCAACUUCCGACUGUUCCUGGAGUCACAGCUGCAGCGCGUGCGCGAGGAGGACCCCUGCCUCUCCCUGGCCAGUCGCUUCCGGCAGGUGGAGGUCCUCACCACCAUGGCCAACGCCUUCUACUCCCUCUACUCCCACGUCUCCAAGACCCCUGUCCAGAAGCUUGCCCCUCCGGAGUUCUCCUUCUCCUCUCCCAUGGAGAAGAUCAGCCUGCGGUUCAACAGCGUCCGCAGUGAGCCCCGCUCCCCCGUGGACAGGCUCAAGGACACCAUCUCCAAGAUGUGCCUGUACACUGGCUCCAGGGAGUCCCUGGGCUCCCCGGGGCCCUCCCCUCGAGCUAGUCCCAAGAAGAGGAGCAGCAUGCCCAACGUGGUGGAGAGGAUCCUGGAGAUGUCCGAGGCUGGAACCCCAAAGCAGCUGAGCAGGGCCGGGUCCGGGCAGGACCCAGCGGAAGGGCUUUCAAGCUCCGGUUCUGUAGGGGGUUCUAGAAGCCCCGUCACGGGGUGUGCUCUAGAACCCCUCUGGCGUUCUGAAUCAGGAAAGUUCUGCCAGGAUGUUAUCUGCCCGCUAAUUGUGGAAAUGGUGCAUAAAGAACCCUUUGCUUGUUUGGUUCAUACUGAGAUGGAAGGCAAUGUUGGAUCUGUGGGUUUGACUCUGCAGCCUAGCGUUGGUUUGGGUAAGACAACCGGCACGCGAGAGGCAUCCAGCGAGGAGCCCGUCACUGUGAAGGCUCACAGAUGCCUGAGGGAUGGGUCAUUUCCACAGUCGUGCACAGAGAGGGGCACCAGGGCUUCUGAAGAUGUUUCUAGAGAUCCUGAGGCGAUCCUCGACCCAGUCUGCAGGACAACCGUCAACUGCACGGAGGGAGAUCUGGGCUUGGUUGAGGAGCUGGAUCUCUCCGAGAUUACUAUGGAGCGGUUUGGGGACAGCGAGCAGAGCGGAGCCUGUGCAAAGCUGAAAGAAUCCUCGCCGUUCCCGGGGUAUUUGUGUCCUGGCAAGGAGGGAGCUCACACCUUGAAGCAAGAGAACUCUUUCGAGAUGGAGGAGGUUCAAAGCACUGGUGAAGAUGACAUCAGCCUAUUGGAGGCCAGGAAUCUGAUGACCUCAUCUCCUCUGUCAGCUGUCACUACGGGACACAGAGACGUGAUCCUGCGAGGGGACAGCGUGCAGUCGGACAGCAGCGGCUUCGUGGAGGACGACUUUCAGAACCAGGGGCAGAACUAGAAGCAGAGCAAACCCAGAACCAGAGCGAGCCAUGCCGGUUCUGCUUCCCAGAAUCGGAUUGGACCCGGCCCGCUCUUACACGAUCCGGGUGUGGUGCCAGCUGCUUCGAGACCCAAGAAGAGAAACUAAACAGAUUCAACGAGCGACAUUAAGACUGUCAUUGAAGACGCUGAAAACGUCUGGUGCUGAAUUUAUUAAGUUUCUUUCAAUAUUUGUUUUUUUUUUGAGAGUUAUGGGUCAGAUCCACAUCUUGUACAAUUUGCACACCAGCGCUGCCUACAGCUGUUAAAUUUGCAUGUCGGAAUUUGUGUUGUUGGUCUGUUGAAGUUGUGACAGCUGCUGUGGAAGCUGUUCUCUGCACACUCCCCUCUCAAAGGAUUGCAGUGUUUUACGAUUAGCGCUUGCUGCGAACUGCGAGAUGCAUUUUUCUAUUCCUAUUCUGCGGGGAAGCGUGCUGUUCUAUUUAUUUAGAGAAAUGAAUAAAGAGUAUUUAUAACAGAGGUAGUUCACUUCUUGCAUGGUUUUAAUAAGGAUACGCUCAGAAUAAGACAAACAGGGACCCUAGUUAUGGUCACAUUUACUACAGUAUAUAUAUACACUCUCAACUGUGUAAAGCAGGGGUCUCCAACCCUAUCCAGCAGGUUUCUACAUCAUAAAUGGAUAAAGAUCUGUUAAUCUUGACUAAUUAAGCCAAUAAUUGAUGCAAUUAAUUGACGGCUGGGUUGCAACAAAAACCAGGAGACCCUGCAGCUCUCCAGGACCAGGGCUGGAGACCCCUGGUGUCAAGCCUAUGAUCAAGCAGACUUAGGGGCUGGGAGACACAGAGAGUGGGGAAGGGAUGGAACGGGUUACCUGGCCAUGUUGUUGAGGCAGAAUCAGCGGGAUCUUUUAAGAGCCCGACUUGACCAAUUGAGAUCAAUCAGCUACCA